AUGUCUACCCGCAAGAGGAAGCAGGAGCAGGACGAAGAGGAGGAGUUCCUCUCCCUCCCCAGCGGCGACGAGGAAGAAGAGGAGUUCGAGGAUGAGGACGACUACGAAGAGGGUGAUGACGACGAUGACGAAGAGGAGGAAGAGGAGGAGGAGGAGGGCGACGAAGAAAACGGCGAUGAUGCCGGUGAUGCCGCCGCCAAGCCCGCUGCCCCUCCCAAGAAGAAGCAAAAGGUUGCUUCCGCCGAAGAUGGUGAGGAGAACGGCGAGGACGCCGAAGGCGAUGACGAUGCUGAGGAGGAUGAGGAGGACGCUGAGGAGCCUGACGAGCCCGAAGAGCUCGAUGGCGACGAAGAGGCCGAGGCCAAUGGCGAUGCUGCCGACGACCUCGUCAAGAAGGCAGCUACCAAGACCGAUGCGCCUGUCGUUGCCGACGGCGAGGACGAGGUUGCGGCUGGCGGCGAGGACGAGGAGUAG